UUUACCGACCGUAAACAAACCCGUCUCGCUCCUAACCUCACUUUCGUGCUCUUUCUAAGACCUUCGACUCUCGCUCCGUGUUGUCUCGCCAUGGCGUCCCCCAUGUUCUCUUCUAGCUCCAAGAAGCACAAAAAGCACAAAUCGGACAAGAAGGACCGCCUCGGCAGCCCCGCAGACAAGCCCCCGGGACUCAAGCUCAUCCUCAAGGUGGGGAGUCAGGCCACCCCCGAGCACACCACCGACUUCGGGUACAACCUGAACUCGUCGUACAGCGUGCAGGGGGGCGAGGAGGCGGCCGUGGACCAGACCGACCCCUACAUGUCCAUCUCGCGCAGCCACCACAAGAAGAGCAAGAAGAAGAAAAAGAAGAAGGACAAGAGCAAGGACCGCGACCGCAAGCACCGCCACCACCACAAGGAGAAGAAGCGGAAGCGCGAGGGGUUGGAGUUCGAGGAUGAGAACCAAAGUUUUCCAGUAGGUAGCCCCAGCCAGCACAGGGAGCCGCGGAGCUGCGUGCUGCGGCAGCGGCAGGAGCGGACGGCGCUUCAGAAGAUGCUGGAUCAGCUGUUGGGGCUGCUGGAGAAGAAGGAUCCGCAGCAGUUUUUCGCCUGGCCGGUGACGGACAGCAUCGCGCCGGGGUACUCGUCGAUUAUUACGCAGCCGAUGGAUUUUAGCACGAUGAGGCAGAAGAUUGAGGAUAAUCAGUACGAGAGUUUGCAGGAUUUCGUCGCCGACUUCAAGCUGAUGUGCACGAACGCCAUGAAGUACAACCACGUGGACACGAUUUACUACAAAGCAAGUAAGAAGCUUUUGCAUGCCGGUAGUAAGUUGAUGCAGCCAGAGAAAUUGGGAUGGGUUUUGAAUCUUCUUCCUGAGUUAACCAGUGAAGAUAUGGGUUUUGAGAUAACGCCAGAGUUGCGCCAGAAUAAAGGGGGGCACGAGGACCACGAUGACAGUGAUCAUCUAAAUGAGGGCAAAAAGAGGAUGCCUGCGUCUAAGUUUGAGCCCAUACAGGACGACUUGACGCCUGAAGAAAUACUCAGCAAGUCGCAAAUUGCAGCUAGGGAGGCUAGGGUCAAACUAAUAGCCCGCGGGGGCGGCCCCAGCAUGGGCUUCCUCAAGCAGCGCAAAGACGGCACCACCAACAUCAACAUCCUCGUCGGCGGCGAGGGCGUCAUCCCCGGAACCAAAAAGCGCCCCGUCCUCCUCGGCCAACUCUGCGGCAAACUCGCCGAAGGCACCGGCCAGAUCCAAGGCUUCCGCGAGGACCGGCGCAACAUCACCAAGCCCGUCAAGCCCCUCUACUACGGCGCCUUCGGCUCCUACGCCCCCAGCUACGACUCGGCCUUCUCCAACCUCAGCAAAGAAGAAAGCGACCUCGUCUACCAGACCUACGGCUCCGACACCGCCGUCCAGUACGCCGAGAGCGUGCUCGACUUCGUCAAGGACAGCGACUACGCCAGCCACCUGGUGGACAGCCUGCUCGACCUGCUCACCGGCGGCGACCACAGCAAGACCAAGCGCGCCCUCGACGAGAACAAGCGCCUGCGCGAGGAGGAGGAGGCGGUGAAGACCAUGAUGGAGGUGAAGCCGAUCGACGCCGUCAAGGUGGACGUGGACGAGCUGCGCAGUCUGCAGGACCUGGGGAUCGACAUUAACUUCCUGGACAACAUGGAGGAGGAGAUCAAGAUCUCGGAGGAGCGGCACGAGCUGCAGCAGCGGUUGGACAGCAUGUGCCAGUUGCUGCAGAAGCUGCAGCAGUCGCAGCACUCGCGGCUGUCGCAGCCGCCCCCGGUGCACCUGAGUCAGGUGGUGCCGCCGUCGGAGGAGGAGAUGCAGGUGGCGGAGAAUAUUAGCGAGAAUCUGACGGAGAUGGCGAAGAGGGUGCAUCCGGGGGACGUGGCGCCGGUGGCGGGGAUCAGGAAGGCGCUGGGGGUGGCGAUGCCGGAGGUGGAGGUCAGUAACGAGGUGGCGGAUUUGGAGAGCGAGUUGAGGCAGUUCUUGGAGAGCGAGCCGGCGCUGACGCAGAGUCCGUUGAGGGAUGAUAAAACGAUCGAGGAGAUUUUGAUGGAGUAGGGGGUGAAAUUUGAGGGUGGUUUGGGGCAGGUUUUCGCUUUUCUUGACUUUUAUGGGUGUUAUAUUAUUACGAUUGAAAAGUUCGAAGAAAUACCUACAUGGAAUUACCUUGAUUUUUUAUGGGUUUAUGUGUUUAUUUUAGAUUUAAAUAAUUAUUAUUAAAACAAAUUGUUAACAAUAAAUGUUUGGUUUUUGUA